AUGGACAAAAUAGGCAACGGGUGGGUAUCUGGUCUCAUCCAAGGAGAGUUGUUGAAGAAUGGAGACUAUUACGAGGUCUCACCUGUGCGAAUUGAAAAUCGCGAGGCGGUUCUGAGCGAGCUCGACCGCGUCAAGCCCACCCGUGUGAUCAACACCGCCGGUGUAAGAGGCUUCCCUAACGCAGACUGGUGUGAGGACCAUAAAGAUGCUGCAAUUCGGUCCAACGUGAUCGGCGCUGCUAAUCUAGUCGACUGUUGUUUUCUGCGAAGUGUUCAUGUUACUCAUUUCGCUUCGGCCUGCAUUUAUGAUCAAGACGAAACCCAUCCUUUAGAUGGCCCAGGCUUUACGGAGGAGGAGCCGCCCAACUAUGGCGCAUCCUUCUACUCCUAUUCGAAGCUUGUUUCAGAGCAGGCAAUCAAGAGUUACCCGAACGUUUUGAUCCUCCGUCUUCGCAAUCCGCUUGCCGCUGAUCUUCAUCCGAUGAAUUUCAUCACGAAGCUCAUAAGAUACGAGAAGAUCGUCAACGUCCCUAAUUCUGGCACCAUAAUGACGAAUAUGACGCCAGCUGCAAUCCUUCUAUCAAGGCACCGCGAAACUGGCAUAUUUAACUUUACAAAUCCGGGCACAUUUACUCACAAUGAGGUCAUGGAGUUGACCAAGAAAUAUAUUCGACCGUCCCUUAGUUGGACAAACUUCAGCCUUGAGGAACAGAGACAGGUGCUUAAAGCACCUCGCACAAACGCCAAGCUGGAUGCGUCCAAGUUGGUCAAGACAUUGGCAGGAUAUGGUUAUACCAUCUUGAACGCGCAGGAUGCGCUGGAAGAGGCUUUUACAAUAAUGAAAGCCAAGGGAUACAAAUGAAUCCGCCGGACGAUGGCUCGGAAGGAAUUGGGGGAGCUAUAUUUUGACAAAGCCUGUCCAUCCACCCGGUAUCACUUCAAUGUCUUUAGAAAGGAGCCAUGGGCCAUGCCAAUUGUAAUCGCCUGGCAUCAUGUUCGGUUGUCAUUGUUCCGCGUUCUCGAUAUAUAAUCACUUUAUAGAAUGAUACG